UCCGCUCACUCAGUCUCUGCCCUGCAUUCACUGUCUCGACUCCGCGGACCUGCUGCGUCCAUUCAAAGUUGACGACCACUUCUGAAAGCAGGGGUUUGAACCGCAUCACGACGAUCUCAUUAAAAGACGAGCACCAGAGUGGCGACAUUAAGACCCACCAAAUGUUCAUCCACAUUUCGUGAUUCAGCCUUCAGAAAGACAUCCAAGGCCAGUUUUUAUUGCAGUUAGUGCAGAAGCAGGCACCAUGUCCACCCCCACAAACCCAGAGGUGAAGGAACUGAACCCUGUCGACUUUAUCCAGCUUCAGCAGUACAUUGAAUACUGCAGUUUGAAGGUGAAAGACGUGCUGAGGGAAUUUGAUGCAGAUGGCAGCCUGGCCCGGCACAGACAUGGAGAGUGCAUCAAUGAAGAAGGCUUUCGUCUGUUCCUGAAGACAUAUUUAGAAGUGGAGGACUUCCCUGUGGAUCUCUGCCAGCGACUCUUCCGCUCCUUCCAAAACUCUGAACCCACCCAGGAAGACAGUGCCAAGGAGGUCUUUCUGAAGGAUGUUUCAUGUUACUUCUCUCUGCUGGAGGAUGGGCAGCCCAGAGACAAGCUGGAGUUUGCUUUCAAGCUCUAUGACAGAGAUGGCAACGGAGUCCUUGACAGCUCUGAAGUGGAUAGGAUCAUUGCUCAGAUGAUGCAUGCUGCAGAAUACCUCGGAUGGGAUGUGUCAGAGCUGAGACCGGUUCUGAAGGACAUGAUGACAGCAAUUGAUGCUGACAGCAGCGGAACGGUGUCCCUGGAGGAGUGGGUGGAGGGAGGCAUGAACAACGUUCCCUUGCUGGUCUUGCUGGGUCUGAAGAUGACCCAGAAGGAUGGGCAGCACCUUUGGAGGAUGAAACAUUUCAACAAGCCCGUUUACUGCAACGUGUGCCAGAGCUUGCUGCUGGGUCUGAGGAAACAAGGACUGUGCUGCACCUGCUGCAAAUACACAGUCCACGGGCGCUGUGCUAACAGGAACCCGGCCCCCUGCACCAGGACGUACGUGAUGUCAAAAAAAGAAACAGGGGUUCCAGCACACGACUGGGUGAGUGGGAACUGUGACUCUAGGAAGUGUGAAAAAUGCCAGAAGAAGAUCAAGAGCUAUCAAGGCUUAACUGGGAAACACUGUGUGUGGUGCCACACGAUGCGUCAUGAUGAAUGUGCUGACCAAGAGCCAACAGAGUGUACCUGUGGGCCGCUCAGAGACCAUAUCCUGCCUCCGUGGGCAAUAUAUCCUGUUGUAAAGGAGAGACCAAACAAUGUAAAGAAUGGCUGCUCAGGUUCAACAGAUGACAGCGAGCUCAAUACCACUCCUGAUGGGCAAGUGCUUCAGAUCAGCCCUGUGCCAAACACCCAUCCUCUUCUAGUGUUUGUCAACCCUAAAAGUGGCGGCAAACAGGGAGAGAGAGUCCUGCAUAAAUUUCAGUAUUUGCUGAAUCCACGGCAGGUAAACAACCUUUCCAACGGCGGACCUGGACCAGGACUGAGUUUCUUCAGAAACCUGCAGGAUUACAGGAUCUUGGUUUGCGGGGGAGACGGCACGGUUGGCUGGAUUCUAGACGCAAUAGACAAAGCCAAUCUGCUGGUACGGCCACCUGUCGCGGUGCUUCCUCUGGGUACAGGAAAUGACCUUGCGCGAUGUCUGCGAUGGGGAGGAGGAUAUGAUGGUGAGGAUCUGAGUCGUAUUCUUAAAGACAUCGAGGGGAGCUCUGAGGUGCUGAUGGACCGCUGGAGUGUGCAGGUCAUCACAGACGAGAAUCAGGAGAAGGGCGACCCGGUGCCCUAUGAAAUCAUCAACAACUACUUCUCCAUUGGAGUUGAUGCCUCUAUUGCCCACCGGUUUCACACAAUGAGGGAGAAACAUCCCCAGAAAUUCAACAGCAGAAUGAAGAACAAGCUGUGGUAUUUUGAAUUCGCCACUUCAGAAACCAUCUCUGCUUCCUGCAAGAAACUGAGCGAAAGUCUAACAAUUGAGUGCGCUGGUACUCCACUGGACCUCAGUGGCCUGUCUCUAGAAGGGAUUGCUGUCCUAAACAUUCCCAGCAUGCAUGGUGGGUCCAACCUGUGGGGUGAGACCAAAAAAGGAGACAUGAAGGGACAGUCGAGUCAGGAGGAGCCCGAGGUGAUCGUCGACCCAGAAAUCCUAAAAGUGACCUCCCAAGAUCUCAGUGACCGCCGAUUAGAGGUGGUCGGCCUCGAGGGAGCCAUGGAGAUGGGACAGAUAUACACGGGUCUGAAGAGCGCUGUGAGGCUGGCGAAAACCUCACAGAUCACCAUCAGGACGAAGAAAGCAUUACCGAUGCAGAUAGACGGAGAGCCGUGGAUGCAGCCUCCCUGCACGAUUCACAUCACACACAAGAAUCAAGCCAGUAUGUUGAUGGCGCCUCAGGCCAAAUCAUCUGGUUUUUUCAAAUAAAACUGCUUAGAAGUAACCACUCGUUUAUUGUAAAUAGAGGACUGACACUUUUUUAUGUAUAAAAUAUAUAUAAAAUCAGUUUGAAUGUUGUAGAAUAAUGGUAACUGUCAAAGUUAGGAUAACUGCAUCUCUGUAACACGUAACCUGAAGCAUGGCACUGUGGUAACAUGUUUGCAUCGUGGCAAAAUGAGUUUGACCAAAUGUAUUCAGUGUUUUUAUCAAUACUCGACUAUCCUGCUGCCUCCAUCUCAGUGCUUCACAGUUAGUGGAAAUGCUGCUCUGUAGGAACUUAAGUGAAUAUCACGUUAAAAGAAGAAAACUCCGCUCCGUGUGCCUAUACAAGCUGCUCUCUGUGGUUACGGCUUAAAGGUAGAAGACUUACAGAGCUCUGUGUAGACGUGCACUAAACCACGUAGUAUUGCUGUUUUCCUUGUGGCUGUAAAGACGCCGUUAAAGCCAGAUAUAUGUUGUUGUCAAUUUGCAACCAAAAGCGAAGGUUAGAUGAGAUUACAUUUCAAAUUAUUUCACUUUUUUUUUUCGUAACAUUUCAGAAGAUACUUGAAAGCGUUUUGGGGAACAGUAACGGGACAAUCAUUGCCAAAAGGGCUGCAGCAGUCAGUCUACUCUACUGUUCGUGUAUGUGUGUGUGUGUGUGUGUGUGUGCGUGCGUGCGUGCGUGUGUGUGUGUGAGGGCAGAAAGCUGGGAUGUGUUCGAUUAUAACUUAUAAAUUGCGACGAGUUAAAUUUGAAAUUACUGGUUCAGACUAGUUUAAAUAUAUGUAGUUCUUAUUUAAAUGCUUUUAUCAUAUCAUUUCAAUAUAUCUGGAAUAUGUUCAUGUAAUAUGCCUGAAAUACACACUGUGUAAAGAUUUUAAUAAAUCAUCUGGACUUCA